AAGUACUGGUCGUUGCUGUGUUGUCGUUGCUUUUUCGUGUUUACUGGCAAUUUAUUUCAAUUUUUUUUAUAAUUUUUUUUCUUCCUUACUUUCUUGUACUUUAUGCAGCGUAUUCAUUCAUAGACCCUCGCAGCGUGUUACACGCUACAGAAAACAAUGAGACGAUUUAUGUAGUUCGUGUAGUCUUUACCAUCGUUAUGAUGGCCAAUUGCCAAAAUCAGAGGCAUUGCAUUUUGGCUGCGGUCAUAUUUUUAUUUGUCCGAACACGUGCUCUUCUUGCUUGACUAAAAACUCGGGGAAGUUGAGUUGAAAAUAAACUUUUUCUUUUUUUCCAAAUUAAAGAAAUAAAACUCAUUAAAACGAAAAUACUUGACAAAGAAGUUUUGACAAACAAAAGAUCUGAAUUCGAUUAAAAGCUCCGUAUAUCAAGUUGAGGAACGAGACAAUACUUUUUUGUCUGUGAAAGUUUAGUUAUUUAUUUUUGAGGAGACAAACUUUUAGUAAAAUAGUUUACUAAUUAUUCUAGGACAAAUAAUAAGAAAGCGAGUCGUGCUAAGAUAAAGAAAAAGAAAUGACGACGACGUGUAAAGACUGCGUCGUAGACUUUAACACCCCACCGCCCGAAGGUCUGGCAAAAAAUCGGAAUUUGGGCCUAGUUGUGGCUGGAGUUAUUGGGGGAGGUGCCUUACUUCUCAGUGCAAUUUGCGUCCCAUUUGUCACACCGGCGCUGCGAAAAAUUUGCCUCCCAUACGUUCCAGCCACGACGAGUCAGGUGGAAAAUGUGAUUAAAGCACUGAAAGGGAGGAAGGGGACCCUCGUCGAUUUGGGCAGUGGGGAUGGCCGCAUUGUCCUUGAAGCUGCUAAGGUGGGAUUCAAAUCGACAGGGGUGGAAUUAAAUCCGUGGUUGGUGAUGUACUCGAAAUUCCAAGCGUUUCGUUCUGGCAUCUCCUCCAUGGCAAGUUUCCAUCGACGUGAUAUUUGGAAAACAGAUUUGAGCAAAUUUGACAAUGUCGUGAUUUUCGGAGUGGAUUCAAUGAUGAAGGAUCUGGAGGUCAAAUGUAGUCAAGAAAUGCACGACAAGAGUGUCAUCGCCGCUUGCAGAUUCUCCUUUCCAAACAGAAUCCCUCAUAGUCAAGUUGGUGAAGGAAUAGAUGCUGUCUGGCUUUAUGAUAAUAGUUUAUCAGCACCAUUAUCAACUAAUAGUGAUACGCUUAUUUCAAAUGGUUCUGCAAGUCAGAAAAUUAUUUCCAACCGAAAAGUUUGACCAGAUCGAUAAUAACGCGAGUAUGUAAUAAUUUAUAAGUCUAUAUAUAAAACAACGUAUUGAUGGUUCUUUAUUGACAACUUAUUUAUAUAAUAAUAGUCGUUUCACAACAAGUAUAUAAAAAUUUGCCUGUUGUUUAUAUAUAUCGUGAUCUCAACUGUGGACUAGAGAAAACCUCUGACAUAAAAAUAUGCUACUGAACAUAAUAAAUUAUCUAUUAUCCUUAUGCUGAAGUAA